AUGCUCGAAAUCCCGGAUCAGCCGACAAAUAAGUAUUUUAAGGUCCUUUAUGGCCCCUUGAACCACGCCUUUCACAUCACGCUACACAAUAAGCCUUAUAAAAACAUAGUGCUCUUCGAUGAUAACUUUCGCCAGAUCAGGAAGAUCGAUGUUAGUCAAGUUUCAUCGUUCCAAAGCAGAUGUGUACAAUCGGACUCUACGGUCAAUGUUUUAAACAGAAAACAGAGCAUAGUAACAAAGCAGCACUUGAUUGAAAUAUAUUUUGCCUCAACAAAUAAGCAUCCUCUGACGUUUACAACAGUUUCGUACGCAGAUUGCCAGCUUUUGUCAGAGGAAAUAGAGAAAGUGUUUGGGGUUCGGGUGUACAAUUACGGAACCCUGAACACAGCAUUUAAAAAUGCUCUGAGGAACGUGGGAGAGGCUGAACAGGUAACGGAGGACUAUGACCGAUUCCAGAGAAAUCUCGAUAGUUACCAGUUUCACAGGAAUGCCUACGAACUGAAGAGCCUAUACGACUUUGCGCAGCUGGAUUACAACGAACACACUGAGCCGUUGGCAGAGAUAUCAAGUAAUUUCCCGGUGGUGAUAGAGGGGAACCUGGAAGAUGGCUCCUUCGUGUCAUACAGAGAUAUAUUAACGAGGAACAACCUAAACACCUCAGUGUACAAGGUUGAAUGGUACCUCUCGAAAUCAGUGGGAAGUUCAGAAGAGUACUUUGAAACGGCCUCUGAAACCGCAGACACCUUUUACAUAUCAGAAUACAUGAUCGGGCACUUUGUAAUGGUUAAGGUGUACAGAGCGUUGAAGUUUAAUGAGAAUAGAACCUUCGUAUUCUCGACUGCUCAGAAGGGACCCAUAUAUCCCAGCAGUCUGUUGUGUCAUCAUAUUUUGAUUAACUCGACCAAGAAACCUGAUCUCCACGAAACGUUGAUUUCAACGCUGGACUUGGACGUGCUUUUCAAUGUAGUCGACAAAUCUCACAAAUUUGGAAUGUAUGAGCAGUUUAACAAUAACCAGAUCGUCAGUAACUUUGCAGAGUACCAGAAGUAUCUAGAGAACAAUGUCAAUAACAACACGGAAAAUGCCAGUGAUGAUAAUUCAGCAAACAAUAGCAAAGAAAAUGAUUCGACUAUUAAUGCUGAUGCAGAUUUAAAUGCUAGUGUUGGCUUUGAUAAUAGCGAUGAAAACAAUAAUACCAACAGCGACACCAACAACCCUAAAAAUAGUACCGACAGCUCCAAAAAUAAUGAAAAUGAAAUUGUGCAACCUCGCAAGUUCAACCAUAAUUCAAUAAAGCUAAAGGUUCCAUCCAAAAUGUAUGAUUCUGAAGAAGAUGAUGAACAAUUGGAAGAAGGAGAGGGAGAAAGGGUUGUCGGAUUAAAUAAAUUUGACGAAAAGAACGCAGAAAGCUUAAAAUUCUUGUACGGAGAGGGUUACAAGAAGGAAAAGGAAUCUAACUAUAAAGACUUGCAUGAGACGACCACAGUUUCAGAACUAUCAAGCUCAGAUAACGUAGGAUUUGACGUUGAAGAAAUAUUCAGAGAAGAGCCAAGAAGAAGAAGGUUCUCAAUAUUCAGCAUCUUUAAACCAAAAAAGAAAAACAGUCCAGCAGCUAGGCCUUUAAAUCCGAAAGAUUUUAAAGAGAACCAUAAGGCUGAAAAGAAGAUGAUGCAAGAUAAAGUAAGGCCAGGAAAGAACACGGGUAGAUUUAAAGAUAUGAAUACAAAAAGGGAGAUGAUGAACAAAAAAGAAUCAUCGAUGGCGAAUAAAAAUGUUUCGAAUAAUGCAAAAAGACCGCCUUCAGAAGAAGAAUCACAACAAGUGGCUUUAGAAGUAGUAAAGGAUAUGAUUGAAGAAUCUGAAACCAAUAAAGUAGUAAAAGAAUCAACAUAUGAAGAUGAAGAAGCAUUGAAUAUGAAUGAAGAUAAACAUAGUGAAGUAGAAGAGGAUCAUGAUGAUCACGACGAUAAUGAGAAUAUGACGGAGAAGAGUCCUAAGAAGAUGCCCAGGAAUGGAAACCAAAUGGGUAAAGGAAGUGGGAACAGCAAUCUGAAGGCUAACAUGAAAAUGAAAAACAAAAUGGUUAAAAAUACUGUGAAUGAGAGUAAAAUGGUUGAAAAGAGUCCAAAAGUUGGAAAGAGUCAAAUGAAAAAUAUGAAACCGGAAAAGGGGAAGAAAGGAAAGAGGGUAGUAUAUAAUAAGAAGUAUGAAAAGCAACUUAAACAACAAAAUGCAUCAACUAAGAAGAACCCUAAGGGAAUGAGUAAUCCAAAUACAUUAUCAGAACAUAGUGAACCUGAAAAUGACUAUACAAGUGAACAAGAAUAUGAAGAAUACAAUGAUGGUAAAAGUCGAAAUAAUGUACAAAAUAAUGUAAAUAGGAAUAACAUGACAAGUAGAUCUGAAAAGAAGAUGCCUAAGCAGAUGAAGCAGAAUAAGAAAAAAGGAUCUGGUGGACUAUUUGGAUUAUUUAAAAGGAUUGUGGAGCAGCCUAAGAAUGUAGAAGUUCAAAGUAAUCAAGACAAUGAAGUAGAUGAUGCCUUGAAACAAGCAGUCAUUAAAGAACAAAGACUUAAGAGAUUCAUGGAAACAGUAAAAUUCGUACCAGUGGAACUGAAAAUAUGUUUAAACGAACUGGUAAUAAGGUAUGGACCAUCCAGUCUAAGCUUAAAGUGGAAGGUCAUAGAAGUGGAAAAGGCGGACGAGCUGGUGUUUGAUCAGUUCCCAUCAAUGCAGAAGCAAUUGGAAAACAAACUCACACUCAUAUACAAGAGUACCAUACCAAUAAGGAUUGGAUUGAGAACGCAGUCGACCUUUCAGAGGAAUGUAUUAUACCACUCGAUACUGUUCAACAAGUACAGACCAAACUACUCUAUUGAUCGGUGUGAGCGUGAAUUGGAAAAUUGUUACUAUAAUGGAGUGAGAAUGGCGUAUACCAAGGCCUGUAGAGCAUUAUACGAGCACAAGAAAAGAAAUGAAGUAACCGACUUAAAAGAGGCAGCAGAAGCCCCCAAACAAAUGCAGUUAAACAUAUACGUAUACACUGUACAAGAACAAAUGAAAACAAACUGA